AGGGCAUAGUUUGGGCAAAGUCUAUAAGUUAUUGACAAGAGGAGCGAGGACCAAUGAGUGGGCGCAGAAGGGCGAGAGCGCGGCAGUGCGCAGACGUCAGCAGAGGCCUCCAUUUUUGUUUAGAUAUUUAAUUUAGAGCUCACUUCUACGGGAAAUGUCAACUGAAGGAGGUGCGUCUGCAGCAGGAGGGGCUGCCCCUGGGGGUGAUGCACCCACAGGCGAAAAUGGUGAAAUCGUUGGUGGUCCCCGUGGGCCACAGCAGGUGGCUGCACAGAAACGAAUGCAGCAAACGCAAGCGCAAGUCGAUGAGGUUGUGGACAUCAUGCGGACAAACGUGGAAAAGGUCCUGGAAAGAGAUCAGAAACUUUCAGAGCUGGAUGACCGUGCAGAUGCCCUCCAACAAGGAGCUUCACAGUUUGAACAACAGGCUGGCAAACUAAAGAGGAAAAUGUGGUGGAAGAACCUAAAGAUGAUGAUCAUCAUGGGUGUCAUCGGUGUCAUUGUCCUCAUCAUCAUUGUUGGGCCCUACAUUCCUAAGGGAAGUGAAAACAAGACGGACAAUGUAACUACCAACACUAACGCUCAACUCAGCCCACCUCCCAACAUGAUGAAUAACGCCCAUACCUCUUUGCAGUCAAGCUUGGCUUAGUCGAGGUGUAGUGAAUCACCUCUCUUCUCUCACCUACUGUGAGUUUGGGUUGCAACUGACUCGCAGUGAAGGCGAUCAUCUGGCAGUGGAAGAAUGACGACGUGAUUGGAUGACUCUCAUUGGAUAUGAAUUACUGAGUCUUAAUGAAUGCCUAUGUAAAUAUCUUUAUGAAAUCCUAUAUGUCUAUUCCAUGGUAUUAUAUGAUGAUCAUGUUAUACAUAAUUAUGUUAUUUAUAUUGCUAGUUUAUGUAUAUUUAAAUUCUCCUCUGGUAUCAUUGAAAAUUUAUGAGUGGUCAUUUUCAGGAAGUUUUAUUCAUGCUAUUAUUUGAAGUUUGCUUCAAAAAUUCUGAAAUAUCCAUUACUGAAAUACUGAUUUAAAAAUUACCACAUUGAUAUAUAUAUAUAUAUAUAUAUAUAUAUAUAUAUAUAUAUAUAUAUAUAUAUAUAUAUAUAUAUAUAUAUAUAUAUAUAUAUAUAUAUAUAUACACACACACACACACACACACAAUGUACUGGUUACAAAGGCACACACAUAACCACACACAGGCCAUCCUUAACAAAACAAAUUCAUACAGUCUUGUUCUUGUUGCUUGUUAAUAUUUUUCAUGCAAAAAAUAUAAAGGGCCCUUUUGACUCUCUCUCUCUCUCUCUCUCUCUCUCUCUCUCUCUCUCUCUCUCUCUCUCUCUCUCUCUCUCUCUCUCUCUCUCUCUCUCUCUCUCUCUCUCUGGAGCAGCCCAGUUUCACCAUUCCACAUCAUUAUUUUAUUUUUUAUUUUAUUAUUAUUAUUUUUUUUUUUUUUUUUCACACAUCAACAAGAAAAAAUUUACAAAGCUUCUAUUGUUAUAUUCCUGGACAGGAUGGACCUGUGCCAAGUUUUCCUAAAUAGAAAGACAUACCCAAUUGGCUUAAAUACCAUGGUUGGAUUAUGUGCCUUCUGCAGCAAUUUGUAAAAAAUGCCAUCUUUGUUCACAGGUUCUUCCUGUCAGGUUAAGUUAUUUGUAGCUGCAUAGCAGGACUGUAGGUGCCGUAGCAGGAAGCACAGCAGGAUCAAGUGUUGAUCACAGAAAGCCACAAUUGGUUGUUGGCAUAGAAUGAUCUGAUCUGUAUUAGUAUUGUUUGCAGGAUUUAGCAAGCCAUGGUUUCAAAUCACUUGAAGAAAGAAAGAUUUAUGGGUAUGGUAAGUGGGAUUUGCACUUGAGGACAUUCACUGGGAUCAUGGGUUCCACUUGACCUGAGAAUGCCUCCUGAUUAUGACCCUGGAAUUGAAAUAAAGUGCCCAAGUUAUUGUAUCAUAACUCCAGAGAUUUUAUGGCUUGUUAGAUGGUGUACGAAUAGGCUUGGUAUAACCUCAUGUUUACAUCCAGGAGCCUACUGAUUAUUAUUACUGGUUAUUUAGAAGUCCAACAUAUCUACUGCUCUGUAGUAAUGUAUUGAAAUAGAAGUAAUAUUACUGUUAAACGUGAAAUAUAGUGUGUUUAUGUCCA